AUGUAUUCUUCGCUAUUUCUCAUCGAAACUUCUCUCACCGUCGAAAUCUUCGAUCUCCACCCUCUUGCUAAUAAUAGCAAAGCAAGGUCUUUCGGGCCUACUUGCUAUUCGAUGGACAAGGCUGAGAUUUUACAAAUGGUGGUGGUGAUCUCAAUGACAUUCCAGGAAGGGAAGAACAAGUGCCGACGGCUCCACAUUCACUACAUUGUUUCCACCUCACCAACGCCUGCAUGCCAGCAGUACUCACCAUCUUACGCCCUAGCAAGCUGCGAUGCCAUUAGUCCUCAGUCAAGGACGACCGUUUCCGAAUACCUUUUCAAACGGUCUGCUGUGCCGUGGGCAUAG